UUGUUACAGCGUUGCCGCCUCCUCCUCCUCCUCCUUCCCUCACCAUCAACAACAUCCUCCAGUUUUUCUUUAUUAAAUUACUUCAGAUUAAAGACAUCAAUCAUGAAUUCAUCGAACGAGUCAUCAUCAGUUGACACCAGACUCCAGGAUGAUGUUUCUUGAUGUGAAGAUAUCCUAAACAGGGAAGGUGGAGGAAACUCUUAACUUGAGUGAAAAUGUGUACACUGAGGUGCAAUUGCUCGACAUCAGCUGCAAAAUAAUGUCACAAUGGCUUGUCUGGACUGACACCUUUGGGGAAUACAAGAGGUCCCCGGGUUCCGAACGUCCGACUUAUGAACAUCCGCCGAUACGAACGAGAAAUAUGGAUGUUCAAUAUACUCUCAUAAGAGAGCUGAAGCCUGGGAUGAAGAACCUCAAACUUGUGUUUAUAGUGUUGGAAAUUGGUCGAGCAAAUAUGACAAAGGAAAACCAUGAAGUCCGGUCUGUGAAAGUGGCAGAUCGAUCUGGCUGUGUCAACAUAUCAUUAUGGGAUGAACCAGGCCAGCUGCUGCAGCCAGGUGAUAUUGUUAAUUUGUCCAAAGGCUACGCCAGUUUUUUCAAGAAUUGUUUGACACUCUAUGUUGCCAAAGGUGGAGACCUGCAGAAAGUGAGUGAGUUUUGUAUGCAGUUUUCUGAGCAACCAAACAUGUCUGAACCCAAUCCAGAGCUUGCAGCCGCCACAGCUGCCAGCAAACAAGUAGGAGGUGGUGGUGGAGGUGGUGACUCAGGAAGUGGUAGUACACGAGGCUCUGGAUCUCAGGGAAGCUCAGGAAACUCAAGUGGGACUCCUGUGGCAGACCCUGUUCGUGAUCCUAGACUACAAAAACCUAAUACAAAUGGUGGUAAUAUAGAUCCUCGGGCAAAUAAAGGGGGAGGGGGUGGAGGGAGUAAUGUUACAGCUUCCAAUGGUCACCACACUUCUGGAGGAAGACAUUCUGGGGGUAACUCCAAUAGCUCCACAAAUUCAAGUAAAAGCCGUAAUCAUGCACCAACAAAUAGACAGAAUAGCAAGAGGAUCUCAAUCCUGCCAGUAUGGAUGAGCUGGAAGUCCCAAGUUGCCCUAGCAGACACUGUGGAAGACCAGGCAAUGUUGUUGAGUGCAAGUGGUCCUUGUUUCAGAUAACAAUCUGGUCAGCAGCUGAAGACUUUACUCUAGCAAGUACAGUGCUCUGCAGAGACUGUAAAAUGGAGUUCACUUUCCCUAUCAAAAGGAGAUAUUUAGGCAGCCAUCUUCUUGGCUAGAUCUUCACGGACGGCCUCAAGGAAAUCGUUUGUGUACAAGUACAUUCCUUCCUUUACAUUCUUAAUGCCAUGAAUACAGCCAGCAAGAUCUUUGGUCAUGUGGCCAGCACCAAUGGUAUCAACACAAGCUUUCUCUAGAGACUGGGCAAAUCUGGAAAAAAUAAAUAAAUACAAUUAUUGUAGGAGCAAUAAACUGCACAACAGUACAAUAUACUUUGUUACAAAAUAGCAAGAGUCAGACAAAUGGAGAUAAACCACAAAUUAUCUACCUGUAUGUCUGACAGGGGAAAACAUUUGAAGCUUCAAGAGAAUAAACAAUCCACGGAGAGUAAAGCCAU